AUGUACUUCAACCGACCACAGAGCUGCCCUGUUAUUGACAUUCAAGACUCUCAGGGGAAAACACCACUGCAUCUGGCCGUAGAAGGUGGCUUUUCUCAAAUUAUUGAGGCCUUGACCAAAGCCAGAGCAGACUUGAACAUCCAAGCCAAUGACGGGAAAACCUGUCUGCAUCUGGUUGUAACACUGUGGUGUGGUCCUGAAAAUCCUGACAAAAAGGUCCAGACAACCAGUGGUUUUGAGCAGGUUUCAUCAGGAUUACCUGACUACGAGCCGUGCACCGAGAACGAGAAGCUUCUUCUGUACCUCCUCGACAAGGGAGCCGAUUGUACAUUGUUUGAUGCGAGUGGUAACACACCGAUACACUACACAAACACACACAGACUCUGGCAGCUCGUUGUGUCAAGUAUCGAGGAAAUUCGAUCCAGCAAACCGGCUCACGUUGACUUCGGAGAGCUUAAGACCGCACACUAUGAAAGCCUCAUCAUGAGAGUCUUCCAGGUAACAGAAACAAGAAUUGUGUGCAAGAAUCCACUUAAGAAGAAACCUGCGACAGAGGCGGCAGAAGGCCUAGACAACCUUGAUGUUGAAAGAUCUGUGCAGAAAGUAACGGACGAUCAACUCAUCGAAGUCUCAAAGAAAAUCACCCACGCUAAAUACUUCGAGUUGAGCGUCAGGUUGGGAUGCUCUUUGACUUCCUCAGAUAAUAUACUAGACAAGCACCAUCAAGACUGUGAGAGAGCACUUCUGGAAGUUCUCAACGCCUGGAAUCAGCGAACAACAUGUAAUCACCGAGACGAGCUUAUAAAGGCGCUAAUAAAAGUAGAAGCUGCAGGACUGAUUACUGAAAUAUUUCCCGACUACGUACACGACCAUGAACCAGCUGUGGCGAAGGAUGAUUAG